AUUAUUUUUAUUUUUCAUAUUCAAAUCAUUAUUCAUGGUUACUUCUCUUUCAGUUGUUGCAUAUUCUGUUCUCAAAGAUGCAGCUGGGGUUGCUGUAUAGUCGCAGAUAUAGAAGUCAAAGCAGGAAGAACUUUUUGAAACAAUGGGAGUAAUGUAGCUGUGAAUAACUGAAUACAUAUGGAAGUUAACAAUUGUUCAUUUUGCUGAUGUUGGUCUAUUGGAAGCACUCCAUGGGGUCCUGUUCAUUAUUGCUGCGAGUUUUGAAUAUUUCGGUUUAUUUGAAAACUAAGUACACCAAUUUGAGAUGGGAAGAGUAGUUUUCAGUUUUUUGUUGUCAAAUCUGAAAUUGAAAAAUUGAAAACUAUCAGUGAUAAUGAUUAAUGACCAAGGGAACAUCUUUGCUUUUGGGCUGUUUGUGUCACCAAUACCGACAUUUAGGAGGAUUAUCAGAAAUGGGUCAACAGAAGAAUUCUCAGGAUUGCCGUAUAUAUACACCCUCCUGAACUGUAUGAUAUGUGCCUGGUAUGGGUCACCCUUCGUAUCAAUUGAUAAUAUAUUGAUUACAACAGUCAAUUCGACUGGGGCUAUCUUCCAAUUAGUCUACAUAUCCCUCUUCAUAGCAUAUGCUGAGCGAGUGAGAAAGAUGAAGAUGCUUGGUUUGCUAUCUGCCGUGGUUGUCUCAUAUGCCAUUUUGGUCACCUUGAGCUUAAGAGUCUUUGACUUCAAUUCAAGGCAGAUUUUUGUUGGGUUCUUGAGCUGCGCAUCUCUAAUUUCAAUGUUUGCUUCACCACUCUUUAUAAUCAGACUGGUUAUAAGGACAAAAAGUGUCGAAUACAUGCCUUUCUACCUUUCACUCUCUUCUUUCUUGAUGAGCAUGUCUUUCUUUACAUACGGGAUGCUUAACUGGGAUGCAUUUAUCUAUGUUCCAAAUGGGAUAGGAGCCCUUCUUGCAAUCAUACAACUGGGAUUGUAUGCCUAUUAUAGUAACAAAGCUAAUGAAGAACAUGAACCUUUGAUUGUUUCCUACUCAUGAUAUUCUUUGCUGAAAUUCACAAGGAGAACUGAUAACAUGUUUGUUCAGAAGUGCAACGCUGCUGUUCUUCCACAUUGGAAGAAUCCUAUAAGAUCUGUGUUCUUACUUCUUCAGCUAUUUCUUCCGGUCACAUUGGCUGGUGCCUUUUUCUUGGGAAUUCGUCAUUUUGCAUCAAGCAAUUCUUUGUCACAGGUGAUGCCCACCUGAUAUUUAAUCCAAUUGAUUCAUCCAUUCAUGAAUGGAAUAUUUCCUUCUUCCUGCUUGAGGAAUAUUUCCACUCUUUGCUUUUGUAUUUAAUUCUUCAGCAAAUUUUGUAACCCUUUUUGGGUGCAAAUGAUAAAAAAGUAUGAUUGAUUUGGUUAUUCCCUGCAAAAAUUACCACAAAGGAAAUCUUGAAGGGUUGAACUCUUUUGCUUGCAAGUUAAAAA